UCUUUUUCAUUUCACUUCUCUUUGGUUUUUUACUUGUCUUCAAAGUCUUCCACUCCUUUGUCUUUAUUCUUACACAAACUCCAAAGCUCUAACAGAACAACCUCACUUUCCUCAUCAAUGGAGGAACCUCAACCACAACCACAACCCCAUUUCCCAUACUCAGAUCUAAACCCAUCUCUUCAUCCAAACACCAUGAGACAACAACAUCAACAACAACGACGACGACAAAGAGGAGUUGAAAGAGGAGGAGGAGGUAAAUCAUGUACUCACUUACUUUUCAAAGCUCUUUUAGUUGCCAUACUCAUCAUUCUUCUACCAUUGUUCCCUUCUCAAGCUCCUGAAUUUAUUAACGAAUCUGUUAUCACCAAGUUCUGGGAGCUUAUUCACCUUCUAUUCAUUGGCAUUGCCGUUUCCUAUGGCUUAUUUAGUCGAAGAAAUAAUAAUGUUGAAAUUAGGUUUGAUGAGACUGAUCUUUCAUCCCCAAAGGUUGAAACUUUACAUUAUGAUAUGUCUAAAAUGUUUCAGAUUUCAUCGAAUUGUGAUGAUGGGUUUGUUGAUCCCAAUUUGUCUGUUAGUGAAAAUGGGGUUUGUUUUCAGGGUUGGAAUUCAAAGUAUUUACAGGGUGAAUCAAUGGUUGUUGUGGCUCAACCCAAUUAUGGUGAGAAUAGAUUGGUAGCUGAUUAUAAACCUUUAGGAUUGCCUGUAAGGAGUUUGAAAUCUAGAAUUAGGAAAAGGGAAAGUGUAGAUGUUGUUAAUGAUUAUGAGUUAGGUUCUGGUUCGGGUUUGAGUUCGAGUUCGAGUUCUCAGCAGGGUUCAUUAUCUGAGACUUUUGUUAAUGAUUCACAAGAGAAGUUCUUUGGUGAGUUGUGUUGUCCUCAAAAUGAUGGCAUUGAGUUCAAUAAAUUAGGUUCGGGUUUGGGUUCGGGUUUGAGUUUGAGUUCUCAGCAGGGUUCAUUAUCUGAGAGUUUUGUUAAUGAUUCACAAGAGAAGUUCUUUGGUGAAUUGUGUUGUCCUCAAAAUGAUGGCAUUGAGUUCAAUAAAUUAGGUUCGGGUUUGAGUUCGAGUUUGGGUUCUCAGCAGGGCUCGUUAUCUGAGAGUUCUGUUAAAAAUCCACAAGAGAACUUCUUUGGGGAAAUGUGUUAUCCUCAAAAUGAAGGCAUUGAGCUCAAUAAAUUAGGUUCGGGUUUGGGUUCGAGUGCUCAGAGUUCGUUAUCUGAGAGUUAUGUUAAAGAUUCACAAGAGAAUUACUUUGGUGAGUUGUGUUCUCCUCAAAAUGAAGGCAUUGAGUUCAAUGAAGCUGUUGUUGUUUCAUCACCUUCCCCAGUUCCAUGGCGUCCGAGAUCUGGAAGGAGGAGGAGAAUGAGAGAAAGAGUUUGUAGUGAUCGUCGUCCUUCUUCACAUUUUAGACCACUCUCAGUUGAUGAAACUCAAUUCGAAUCUCUCAGAAAAACAGGAUCACCUUCAAAUGAUUCCCCUUCACAUUCGGUUUCUUCUGAAGAGAUGAACUCGAAAAUUGAGGACGAAUGUAGCAGCAAUAGUGGUAAGAGCUUUCAAGGGUCUUAUACUUCUUCGAAUUCACCAUCACCACCCUACUUGAAGAAUUCGGAUGUAAGAAAUUCAAAGAGUUCUCAAGGCUCCUCUGGUUCAGAUUCCCCUUCACCCCCAAAAAUGAAUGAUGAAGUUUCAGAAGUACUGAACUCGGAAUUGGAAGUUGAUGAUGACAAUAAAACACAAGGCUAUGGAUGGUCUCCUGCUUCAUCAGGUUUUCCUUCGCCACUGAAACCAAUAAAUGAUCAAGCUUUAGAAGUAACGAGCUCGGAAAGAGAACAAGAUGGUAGCAAACCAAAAGGUUUUCGGGGGUUACUACCAAAGCCAGUGAAACAUGGUAUGAGGAAAACAAAGAGUUUCCAAGGAUCUUCUGCUGGACGCCCCCGAUCACCACCCAAACCAGUGAAUGACAAAGCUUCAUUGAGUGGAUUUCACGCAAGGGGACAUAGUGUUGGUUCUUCAUAUGAAAAUGAUUUGGCUAGCCCAAAAGAUUACUACUGGAAUGAACAACAGGAACCGAGUGAGAGUAGAAGAGAAGACAUGUUGAGUAACAAAGAGAGUGAACUGAAAUCAGAAAGGAAAGUGUCGAGUCCCACAAAAGCUUCGUUAAGGGGAAAAUCAGUUCGAACAAUCAGAUCUCGUGGAACAACUUCCAAGGCUUACGACAAGGGUGAAGAAGGGAGGAAAGAAACAAUGAGACAUGAAGGUGUUGAGAGCCUGGUUAGUGGAAGCAAUAAGCCAAACCUUGAUAAGGCCUCAGCCAUGAAAAUGAACACAGUUCCUGCUGAAUAUCGAAAUAGAGAGAGGGAGGAAACUUCUGAGAAUGUUUCUGUAGGAUCUGAAGCAGAUGACGCGAAGAGUGAAGCUGAAGAUGGGGAUAACAAAUUUCUAUCAAGCUCGCGAGAAGAUGCUGACGCUGAAUCUGUCAUUGAUGCAACAUCAGAUUCUAAUGAAGUUGAUAAGAAAGCUGGUGAAUUUAUAGCCAAAUUUAGAGAACAAAUCAGGCUUCAAAAAGUGGCUUCUUUUGAUAGAUCAAAAGGUUUAAAACUAGGCAACAGCUACCUUAGAUGACAAUUUUACAAGCUUAAGAAAGGCCAAAGAUUCUUCUUGUUGCUGAAAUCUUGUGUUUAAUUUAUUGUUUCUUAUAUUUACUCACAUUUGAUUGCAUAUUCUGUUGGCUCAAUACUUGAGCAACUAACACUGUUGGGACAGCUUAAAGUUUAAUUAUUUUGAAAAUUCUAUUCAAGCACAUGAGUUGUAAUGUGUAUCGACGCCAUCAAUCGCGAGAAAAGAUUAGAACUUUACUCGAAAA